UGUGUUGGCCCUGCAAUGAGGUGGCGACUUGCCGCAAACUCUAAAAGGACAAGAGGUGGAGCCAUGCAGGCGGCGCCAUUGUUUCUUCUGCUUCUCGCCGCUCUUCCAUCGCUUGUGGUGCCCAUACAUAAUUCAUCAGCCAAAGGCUGUGCCAUCAUCCGGCCUCCGAGAGAUGGAGGGAUUCGAUACAGAGGCCUGACGCAAGAGCAGAUCCGCAGCGUGGAUUUCCUGCCAGUGGAUUAUGAGAUCGAGUACAUCUGCAGGGGGAACCGGGUGAUCCUGGGACCCAAAGUCAGGAAGUGUUUGCCCAACCGCACGUGGACGGACAUCUCACAACACAGCAGAUGUUUGUUGCUGUGUCCUCGCGUGUGGACGUCUUUGGAGAAUGGUCAGGUGACGGCAAAGCCGCCAGGGCAGCCGGUGGAGGGCACGGUUCUGCAUUACAGGUGUCAUGGCGGCUUCAUCCUGGAGGGCAGGAACGUCAGCCAUUGUACCAAACUGGGGAAGUGGGAUGCUCCCAAACCCAUCUGCCUCUAUGACAAAAACGACACAGGUAAGACACUUUGCCUUGUAAUUUUAUUAUACUUUAUUAUUGUUCAACACGCAGUGCAGUAGCUGUGAGUGAUUAUCUUAACCACGAGAGAGCAGCGUCGGUCUAUUUGACGCUGGAGGUAACUGUCCAUCAGGGGGCGUUGUGAGCCUUCAGUAGAGACACACUGGAAUCAGUCAGGAAAACGUUUGUUAAAUGGUUUAUGUUAGGAAAAUUAAUAUUAUCAUUUUGACUUAGUAUUAGGAUGUUUUUCCUUUAGUAUAAGUACUAAUCAAAGGAUGUAAAUCAUGGGUGUCCAAAGGCUGACCUGCAGCAAUUUUUUUACAACACUAUUAGAAAUGUGGUAUACUCUAAAAGAUCAAAGAGGUGAUAUAUGAUAAUAAUAAUAAGUUGCAAUGUUGAUGCUAAUGACACAAAAAGCUGCCAUGCGGACUUCUUUUUCUUUAAAACUGACAUUGCUCAGGAAUUAAGAGGAAAAUAAGACAUUGAACAAACAAAAAAACAUAAAAAUAGUAAAAACUUAUAAUUGACGGACAGGUUAGAUACUUGAGUGCUGAAAGUAAAUAAAAAAAGUGUAUGAUUUUUUUGUAUUCUUUGGGCAGCACGGUUAGUGUGUCUGCCUCACAAUACGAAGGUCCUAAGUAGUCCUGGGUUCAAUCCCGGUCUCGGGAUCUUUCUGUACGGAGUUCGCAUGUCCUCCCCGUGACUGCGUGGGUUCCCUCCGGGUACUCCGGCUUCGUCCCACCGCCAAAGACAUGCACCUGGGGAUAGGUUGAUUGGCAACACUAAUUUGGCCUUAGUGUGUGAAUGUGAGUGUGAAUGUUGUCUUGUCUAUCUGUAUUGGCCCUGUGAUGAGGUGGCGACUUGUCCAGGGUGUAGUCCGCCUUCCGCCCGAUUGUAGCUGAGAUAGGCACCAGCGCCCCCGUGACCCAAAAGGGAUUAAGCCAGGGGUAGGGAACCUAUGGCUCUAGAGCCAGAUGUGGCUCUUUUGAUGACUGUAUCUGGCUCUCUGAUAAAUCUGAGCUGACGUUGCUUAACACGAUAAGUAAUGAAUAAUUCCACUUUUAAUCACAGUGUUAAAAAUAAUGUUAAAAAUAUAAAACAUUCUCAUGCAUUUUUAGUCCAUCCAGCCGUUUCUAACGCACCUGUUAGAGAAGUUGCGUUAACGAUAAGAAGUUAUUUAUUUAUUAUUGGUUAGUGUGGGGCUUGGCCUCCUGGGGGUUCUUCAGACCCCCAAGCACCGACAUUAGAGCCUGUUUCAGGGUUACAAUAUUGUUUUAUUUUUCAAAAAGUCUCUCAGUUGCUUUCCAGCAAUAGUAUUUCCAGCCCCAACCCAGUCUCUCCUCCUGGCUUCUGCUUAUAACAGAGCGACAGGUGAUUAGAUAACAAGGCCCAGGUGGGCCAUAUACGCACCUGUCGCUGCAGGCCCGCAGGCCACGCCUCCUCCACAGUUAACUUCAGAAUAAAAAAUUUAUUACAAAGAAUAAGAGCCCUAAUAUACUCUGUAAAUGUUGGUCUUACUUAGAAAUACAUGUGUUUAGUUGUGUUCAGUGUUAAAAAAAAUAUUAUAUGGCUCUUACGGAAAUAUAUUUUAAAAUAUUUGGCUUUUUGGCUCUCUCAGCCAAAAAGGUUCCCGACCCCUAGAUUAAGCGGUAGAAAAUGGCUGGAUGGAUGGACUUUUAUAAGUGUGCCCUAUUGGAUCCUCAGGAAUUUUGUGUUUUCGCCAUAAAAAAAAGGAUGUUUUCAAAAAGGGCAUAACACAUUGAAAAAAAAGCAGUUUAUAUUGACAGACAUUAAGUCGAUUCAAAGAUUUAAAUGUUGACAAAAAAAAAGCUACAAAUAAUAAAUAUAUAUGACUUAUGACUGAGAUCGUUCUGGGACCAAAGUUGAAGGAAGCCUUAAAGGUUACAAAAAUCUGUAUUUUGUAUUAGUUUUUACAUUUAAAGAUAUCAUGUUUUGAUUUUUCAGUGUGCAACUUUUGGUGGAAAAAGUGUGGUCACACCUGACGUACAUGAAUAUUAAGCAACAGCAUACACAAUUUGGUGAUCUAAUAGAUUAUUAUAUACAAUAUCAACAUAUGUUUUGGGAUAGACCUUUUCAUCAAUCAUUUAGUCAUUUAGGUUGGACUGGAGUCCCUUGAAAUUUGUCAUUGGAGAAUUUUUCCUUUUUGGGCAAUUAAAGACGGUGUUCUGUCUGUAAAGUUAUGCUUGGAGGAGUUUGGUGAAGAAGAACUGAGAACGGUGACCUCAGAUAUCACAAAGGGACAAUAGAAUCUCUCAGACAAACUCAAAACGAUAUUAAACAACCUGUCAUACUUACUUCCUGUGGGUGGAAUGGCCACAUCCGGCCUGCCACUUCAUUUAAUUUUGCCCGCUAAACCAUGGAAUUAUUACAUGUCAAGAAAUUACUUCAUUUUUUACUUAAUGUAUUUGUUCUUUCUAUUUUGACGUUUUUUUUUAAAAUAUGAUCUAUUAAUGCAACAAAUUCUGUAAAAAACGUAUAUAUAUAUCACCUAAUAAUACAACAAAUGUUAUAAAAAAGAAAUAUCUAAUAAAACAACAAAUGUUAUAAUAAACUUAAAUAUUAUCGAAUAAUGCAACACAUUUUAUAAAAAACUUAGAUUAUCCAACAAUACAACAAAUGUUAUAAAAAACUUAAAUAAGAUCUAAUAAUGCAACAAAUGUUAUAAAAAAUAGAUAUUCUAUAAUACAACACAUUUUAUAAAAAAAAAUCUAAUAUAAUAAUGCAACACAUUGGAAAACAAACUAAAUAACAACCUUAAAUUUAUUACCAAAUAAUACAACAAAAAAUGUAUCAAAAAAACAAACCUAAAUAUAUUAUCUAAUACAACAAAUGUUAUAAAAACUCAAAUAUCUAAUAAUUCAACACAUUUUAUUAAAAAAAACCUACAUUUAUUAUUGAGUAAUACCACAAAUGUUCUAAAAAAAUUAAAUAUUAUAUAAUGCAACAAAUGUUAUAAUAAAACUAAAAAAAUAUCUAAUAAUGCAACAAAUGUUAUAAAAAAAAACCUUAAUAUUAUUGAAUAAUGCAACACAUUGUUAAAAAACCUUAAAUAUAUUACCUAAUAAUACAAUAAAUGAGGCUUCACGGUGGCAGAGGGGUUAGUGCCACAGUGAAAAAAAAACAAAACAAAAAAAAAAAACCUUAAAUAUAUUACCUAAUAAUACAACAAAUGAGGCUUCACGGUGGAAGAGGGGUUAGUGCGUCUGCCUCACAAUACGAAGGUCCUGCAGUCCCGGGUUCAAAUCCAGGCUUGGGAUCUUUCUGUGUGGAGUUUGCAUGUUCUCCCCGUGAAUGCGUGGGUUCCCUCCGGGUACUCCGGCUUCCUCCCACUUCCAAAGACAUGCACCUGGGGAUAGGUUGAUUGGCAACACUAAAUUGGCCCUAGUGUGUGAAU